CUAGAUAUUAUUAUAACUCAAACAAAUCUCUUCUAACAAUUAUUCCAAGCAGCAGACAAAAAUGGCUCAAGCAAUGACUUCGAUGGCUGGUUUACGCGGUGCGUCUCAGGCUCUCCAGACCAAUGACUCAAACCGUCUGAGCAUCUCUAGAGUCACCGUUGGGUCUAAGAGAACCGGGCUUGUGAUCAGGGCUCAGCAGAACGAGUCGGUGCCGGAAAGUAGUCGCCGGUCAGUGAUUGGGCUCGUUGCGGCUGGUUUAGUCGGUGGCUCGUUCGUUAAGUCUGCCGUCGCCGCUGAAGCUCUUGCUAUUAAAGUUGGUCCUCCACCACCUCCUUCCGGUGGUCUACCUGGAACAGAUAACUCAGACCAAGCAAGAGACUUCUCACUGAAGUUGAAAGACAGGUUUUACUUACAGCCAUUGUCACCAACAGAAGCUGCAGCUAGGGCCAAAGAAUCUGCUAAAGAGAUCAUCAACGUUAAGACUUUGAUCGACAAAAAAGCUUGGCCUUACGUUCAGAACGAUCUCCGUUUAAGAGCAUCGUACCUCCGUUACGAUCUUAACACCGUUAUCUCCGCUAAGCCUAAGGAAGAGAAACAAAGCCUCAAAGAACUCACCGGCAAGCUCUUCCAAACCAUUGACAACCUGGACUAUGCGGCGAGGUCAAAGAGCAGCCCGGAUGCUGAGAAGUAUUACUCAGAGACUGUCUCGAGUUUGAACAAUGUUCUUGCCAAGAUUGGUUAAGGAAGAAAGAUUUUCUCCGUAAUGUAUUGUUGUUUUUAUUACUAUCCAAGUACUAUUGUCUUUCUCCUGCUCUUUCUUUCUAAUCAAAUCGGUUACAUCUAAUUUCAGUUU